UACAUUGUCAGUGGUCAAUCAGUUGUCAAUUUUUCUUAUUACAUUCCGUUUCAUUUCAUUCAUUGCACGUGUAUUUCAUCAAUUUAUAAUCUUUCUCAAAAACGAAGUCCAUCUUCGGUAUUUAGUAAUUGUGUAAACGUCAGAAAUAAAUAGGUCAAUAAAUUUAGUUCUGUGGAUAUCAUUAUCACAGAUAACUGUAUAAAGUCUAUACACCGCGUCCAAACUGGUUUAGUGUUUACAUGAUUUCUAAUUGGUUUUACUUAAGUUCAUGGAAAUAAAUUAAUAAUUAGAACCAAAAUGCUGCCUUCAAAGAUGCAAAUAAAUAAAAAAUUACUGCCCAUUAAAGGGCACUUCUUCUUCUUCAAUGCUGGGACGGCGCCGUUGGUACCAUAUUUGUCUACCUAUGCUCGUCAAUUAGGAUUUUCAUCUGCCACUGUAGGACUGAUAUACACAGUUUUACCAAUAUUUGGCCUUAUUGCAAAACCACUGUUUGGUGUGAUUGCCGACAGGUAUAAAAAACAAAAAGUUAUAUUUAUUUUAUUUCAAAUAUUGACUAUAGUUGGUUUUUGGUGUAUAUACGCGAUACCGGAAAGUCGAAAUUUGAGCGUUGAAUUAGACUGUGAUGGCGGGGUCACUAUGCUACAAAGUUGUUACAAGGACAAAGCGUCAGUGGACAUGUGUAAAGUCAACUCUUUAAGUAAUCUGAGUUCAAACGCCAGUACCUAUUGUCAGAUGAACUGUGACAUGACCUCUCCUAAAAUGUGGCAGACAGUUUGUGAACAUUGGCAUAUACCACAAUACUGCUACAGUCAUACGGAUAAUAUAAAAUAUACAUCUUCUGUCAGUAAUGUUACUGUAAAAGAAGAUAAUUGCGCAUAUAUUGCUGCGAACAACGUGACCUUGGAUGGUAAUAUAUUCAGUCCUAGUUGUCGUCUCGGAAGUGGAUACGUUGAUGUCAAUGAACCUUGCUCUUUGAAGUGUAAAAACGCAAAUCUGUCGGCUGCUAUAGCAAACCAAAAACCUAAUAUGACAUGUAUUGAUAAAAAUUUAAAUUACAAACUAUGUACAAACGACACAGCUGAAUUUACCAAACUCGCCAAUGAGACCAUAAGCACUGAUUGUGAGGCGUCAUGCGACCUUGACGUAAACACACCAUGGCGUCUUAUGGAGAUUUGCGAAUGGUGGAAAGCCGACACAGCUAGUUACUGCCAGCCAAAGACCGCGAAAAAUGAACAAUUCCCUUCGAACCUGUCAUUUACAGGAGUCUUACUCUUAUCGAAGACGAUGGCUGAACACGAGUGUGUUUAUAUGCGGCUUAACCACAUUGAGGUGCCCGACGGGAAAGGCGGAGUGACCAUACAUUAUCCAAACUGUGUAUCACAAGCUACAUAUCAACUCAAGUCUGAACUUUUUCAGUCUUCCUGUGAUAUACAUUGUGAGAAUACCGUGGUAAAUGAGUUAAUAGAGGGAGCCGCAGAAAGCAGACAAGAGGGUACUAAGGAGUAUACGUCACAGUUCUGGUUGUUCUUCUUCCUAAUGAUAGUCAGUUGGGUUGGCCAAGCCGUGGUUGUUACCUUCGCUGAUGCCAUCUGCUUCGAUCUUCUUGGUCCCAAAGUGUCACAAUACGGCAAACAGAGAUUAUGGGGGUCCGUAGGUUGGGGGGUCUUCUCCCUGUUGACCGGUGUCCUUAUAGAUUUGUUCAGUGACGGCGCAUACAAAGACUACACGGUGGCAUUUGUACUUAUGUUCGUGUUUAUGUUGGGAGAUGUCGUCGUAUCAUGUUUCUUAGAGACUGACACAACUAAAAUGUCAAUGAACAUAUUAGCUGAUGUGGGCACCUUGUUAUCGUCUUUACCCACAUUCUUGUUCCUGAUGUGGACAGUAGCGGUGGGCAUGUGCACUGGCCUCAUAUGGCAGUUCCUGUUCUGGCUCCUCGAAGACAUGUCUGGCCUGACCUGCGAUGGAGCCACUUAUAUCAAAACUCUACAAGGAUUAGUGAGCGCUAUACAAACUUUUGGCGGUGAAAUUCCCUUCCUUUUUGUGUCUGGUUACAUACUUAAAAAAGUUGGUCACAUUAACAUGAUGAGUAUAGUCCUAUUGGCAUUCGGUGUCAGGUUCAUACUCUACUCGCUUCUGUCCGAUCCCUGGUGGGCGCUGCCCAUAGAGUUAUUCCAAGGGAUUACAUUCGGCAUGUUCUAUCCUACCAUGACGUCAUAUGCCAAUAUUGUUUCUCUACCAGGGACUGAGACAACAGUACAGGGUUUAGUUGGAGCUGUAUUUGAGGGCGUGGGUACUUCGUUAGGCAGUUUCGUGGGCGGUCGAUUAUAUGGUACUUAUGGUGGCUGGGUUACCUUCCGUGCCUUUGGAAUUGGUGCCCUGGUGUGCUGUGCUCUCAACUCCUUAGCUUUCUACAUCAUCAAGGAUAAGCUCGGCGAAGCGAGAGUGCCUUCAGGAUAUCGCUAUGAACAUCCCAACGAUAUGGUGUAUAUGUUGGAAGAUAUGACCGACGGAAGAUCGUGAGGAUUUACAGAUGAAUUGUUAAAAUAUAUAAUCGUUCUGGUAUAUUAUAGGAAUAGUUAAGUAUCAUUUUCUUAAUUUCCAUCGGCACUACUCAGUUGCGUAGAAAACAACCUAACAUCGGCCAUAGCCAGUUAAUGGAAUACAGACCUUAUUACUUUGCGUUAUGGUUUUUAAUAAAGAAUGACAUAUUAAUACUUUGCGGCUCGAAAAAUACUUUCAUGAUACUUACAUAGUAUGUCGGUGGAACUUAUAAAUGUGAUACUACUAUAAUACACUACCGGUUCGAAUAAUUUUCCCAUUAGCAGCACACUUGUAGAAACUUGUAUAAGUUAAAAUGUACUUUUUUUAUACUUGCGGUAGGCACUGCCGAUGGGCAAGUUAUAAAAUAGUAAUAUAUUCUAGUGUAUAAAUAAGUUCUGUGAUGAGAUAGGUUUAAUAAUAUGUUUGUAAAGAGUGUGCUGUUUAGCACAAAAUAUUGUAAAACACAAUGUAUAAAUUUGAUACAAAUUAUACAGCCGUUGUUGAAAUGUUAAAUUCUUACAGACACAACAACUUUUGAUCGUUUGUUUCAAAGGGUCUUUCAGAUUUUUAUUUAUUCGUUUUGAAAUCAAAAAUUUUACAUUUAUUUGAGAUUAUAAAAAAAAUACCUUAAAAUCCGUAUUACCCUUGACUAAUCUAUGUAGGUAUAUAAUGCAUAUGUUUUAAUGAGUCAUAUCUAUAGUUCCUUAUUUACAACUUUUUUCUGUAUAUAUUUAUAUUACCUGAGCCAGUAUUUACAAGGCCAAAUAGAUAACAGUUUUAACUAACAUAUUUAUAUAAUCCAUGCAUAUCUAGGAAGACAAAGUAGGUUUUUUUUCAAUAUUAAAUAGAAAUGUGAUAUAAAAAGACUAGAAAUUUGCCCUUGAUUGUAUGUAGGCCGCACUUUAUUCUGCGGGGCUGCGUUUUAGCAAUAACUUAUUAUGCUUGCCUUGCUAUGUAAAUUUAGAGUAUUAGAAGCUGUACUUAAUUUUUUAACAGUCAUAUUAUUUAGUGUUAUGUUACUAAAGUCAAUAACUGCUCAAAACCCUCGUCAGUAAUAAUUUUCUCCGUCCUGUUUAUUAAUGAUAAUAUUUUUAUGUGAUAUCACUGUCAUUUUAUUUAUUUUUGUUUGCUCAAUUUUGUGAAGAUCAUUUUGAUCUUAGUAUGUUAUUUAUUGAUGAAUAUUAAAGUAUCCACUGCCAACGGAGGGGAUUUUGAAUGAUGGCAACAAAACAUUUGUCUGCGUCACUUCAAACCGGUUGUGCGCUAGAUCUAAGUAACGUUUUCAAAUAUCCAUUUAUUCUACAAAUUAGUCACAUGAUAGUCAAAUGUCAUGAAAGUAUGACAUUUAAGAAGGAUUUUUAAUCAGUAUCGAUCUUCAAACUAAUGUCCCUGAAUGAUACUAAUACUUAUCAGCACGAUUACUCCUUAAAGUUUUCUUUAAGGUCUCUUUUAUGUUUUGUUCGGUUUCUGCAAACAAUCUAUUCAACAUACCGAAAUACAUAUCACUAGUGUACUUACUUGCUUAAUUUAUAAUUUAAAUAAUAAUAAUAAUAUGUAUUUAAGGUGCGAUUGCAUUAAGCAUUCAUUUUAGAUUUUUGAAAGGUUAUGGUUAUGAGAUAUGUGUUUAAAACUAGUACAAUAGUAAAAUAAACAAAUUUAUGUGUUUUUAACGUUAUUGCAACUAUGUCAUUUAUAAUAAGCUUCAUAGUUUCAAUAAGCUCUUAACUUAUUUACAUAAUUACAUAACCAAUCAUUUUACUAUAUAACAAUUGUUAAAUUCCAAUAAAUGUGUUUUUUUUUUGACAAUUAUAAAGAUUAUGUAGGUAUUUGUCCCCCCGUUUUUAUUGUUAGUCAGUCGACACUAGAGAAAAAUUGAUAAAGUUUUAAAUGUCGGUAAAUAGAUGGUACCUUUUAAAAACAAAUACAUAUUAUUAAUUUUAAUAAUAUUAAUUUGUUUUUUGGGGUCGAUCAGCUGUAAGAUAUAUUUAGAAUAUACAUAGUUUUAUAUUGGGUUUGUUCGCAUGCUUAUUUAUUGGCGACAUGGCAAUAGCAAUUUAUUGGCAUUUAUUAAUUUGUCCCGUUCUUCGAUCAAAUAUAUCACUUGAAUCAUUGCUCGUUGAACGGCGUCUGCUCAUUAACAUUGUUCGCAACUCAGAAUGAUUUAUCACUUAUUGUUGCCGUGACAUUUAAUUGUGUUGUAUGUUUGAUGUAACAAGUAUUGUUGUGAAUGUUGAAUGGAUCGAUUUCAUUUUUAAAUCUUCUUAUUUGUUUCCGCUUAUUUUAUGUGAUUUUAUUCUAUAUCUGUAACGGUACUGUUUCGAAGUUAUAACAGUUUUUGCUAGUUAAAAACAAAGUUUAACAACAAAUCAGCUGUUAAUUUCAAAGAUAUAUGUAUUUCCUGGGCAUCGAUUCUGCUAUUUACAACGGCCGAUGAAUGAAUGGCAAUUGGAUUAAAUUUGGAACUAUUCAUAUUCUCUUAAGCA